GAUGUGAGCGGAGGUUUUCAGCUCUCAUGCAAAACAACCAUCUAAACAUAACAGAUGACAUCAGCUUGGGCUUUUCAAUUCCUGGAUGGCAGCGGCGUGUUAAUCCAGCCUUCAUCCUGGAUUUCAUAAACUAAAACAAGAGAGGCUGGCAGGAGCUCAGCGCUGCCGCUGGGUUGAGGAAAUUGAUGACGGGGAAGCAUGCGGGCAACACAGUGUAUAAAACUCAUAAACGUGUAGGCAGAAGCUCAGCUACUACUUUGGACGGCUGCUUCCCGCCAGCAAAGACCGCGACGGCAGGGAGCUGAGCCGGAGCCAGCUGGAAGACAUGAAGAGCCUCUGGCUGCUGACCACACUCCUGGUACCUGUGCACCUGGCUAUGGCCUGGAGCGCCAAGUAUGCGGUGGAUUGCCCGGAACAGUGCGACAAUAGUGAGUGCAGAAGCAGCCUGCGUUGCAAGAGGACAGUGCUGGAUGAUUGUGGCUGCUGUCAGGUGUGCGCAGCGGGGCCCGGAGAGACCUGCUACCGGACAGUCUCAGGCAUGGAUGGCGUCAAGUGCGGUCCGGGACUGAAGUGUCACUUUUACAGUGAAGAGGAUGAUUUUGGUGACGAGUUUGGUAUCUGCAAAGACUGUCCCUAUGGCACUUUCGGGAUGGAAUGCAAAGAGAUUUGCAAUUGCCAGUCGGGCAUCUGCGACAGGGUGACUGGGAGGUGUCUGGAAUUUCCCUUCUUCCAGUAUGCAGCAGCCAAGUCGCCCAGCAGGACCGUUGCCUCUCACACAGAUCGUGAAGCAGCGUCUGGAGACGGCAAUGCUGGGAGAGAAGAGCUCGUUGAAGGGAAUGCUGCUCGGCCCUCUGUAAUGAAAUGGUUAAAUCCACGCUGAUCCUGGCUGGGGUUUGCCAAGAGACGGCUCCACUUUAAUGACCAACACUCAGCCAACAUUUUAAGAACUGUCUAGAGCCUAGACUAUGAACGUGUAAUUUAUGGAGAUCAAGUGUGAUUCAGAGUGGAUCCAGAAAAAAAAAAAUGUAGGCUAUAUACAACCCAUAAAACACAUAUGACUGAACACUUUUUGUUAAAUAUUUAAAUGCAUAUAGAUCUGGUGUGUGUGUGUGUGUGUGUGUGUGUGUGUGUGUGUGUGUGUGUGUGAGAGAGAGAGAGAGAGAGAGAGAGAGAGAGAGAGAGAGAGAGAGAGAGAGAACUAAGGAACUAAACAUGCAACUAAGAUGGUCUUAUAAGAUGGUCUUAUGGUCAGUGAGUAGCCUGAUCAAAGCUGGAGAAACCGUGGGUUCUUCGACUUGGGUGUACAUUCUUGUUGAGAUACAGGUUGAAGAAAGAGCUAGGAGCCAGAGAGGAUGGGGAUCGUAGUGAAAGUAGGGAAUUAUAACAUUUGGCUCUUCCUUGUGGUAGCUUAAAAUUGAUUAGUUUGUUUUAAUUUGGGGAAACAAGAUCAGAAAAGCCUUGAAGGAAGUGAGAUAUUGGAAGCUCACCGGGGAGUCUGAGCAACUGCCCUAAGUGGAAAAGCUCUUGUUACAGCUACCUGCACCUGAUGGGGGCAGGGUUGGACCAAGGACGAAUACAUACUCCCACUCCUGGUUUAAGUACUGUGGACCUUGAGACAAAUUUAGGAAGUAGUUUGCCUCCUGGGGGAUGGAACAGGGUGAAGGUGAAUAUUUAUGUAUUUUUAUAGACAAAUCUGUUAGCUUAAAUAUUUCUUCCAUAUAGUAGAGAAAUGACCCUAUUGUUACUUAUUUAAAAUGAUUAGGGAAAAAGGUAUAUAACCUAUAUGGUUCUCAAAUACCCAUAUAUGGAAAACGUGUUACUCAUGAUUACAUUAAUAUUGGUAAAAAUGUAGUUACUGUAAGUUUAUAAAACAUUGAAAAAUGAAAAAAAUAAUGCUAAAUCUUGGGUGAAAUCUAAAUUUAAACCAGAAAACAACUUUUUAGACAGUUUGGGAAAAGAGAGUUUUUCAUCACGAAAUAUGCUGACUUUAAGAUAGAUUUUAUUUUCAUUUUGUCUCCUUUCCAACUUGAUAGAUGAAUGGAACUGGGGUUACACACAUGUGGACCUUAGCACAAAAAGGACUGUUGUCCUAGGUGAUGCUGGGAAAUAUUUGCAAAAGUAUUUUAUUUGUAGUGAAGAACUUAUUUAAGAAUUAUUUCAUUAUUUACUUAUAUUUUAUUCUCGAAGUUUGCCAACAGAGUUGUGAAUGUACAGAAGAUCCUUGAAUGUAAGCAGAUUCAGCUGUUGGGUUUUUUUGUUUGUUGAAGAACAAUUUAUUAUUGUCCAAUAAAAAUGACAUAGCUGUUCCAUA